AUGGAAGCUUCCCGGCCAGACAUAACAGUCGCCGAUUGGGUAUGGAGACGAUAUGGCUACGAAGGCGUGAACGACUUGAUGGAGGCUGCUGAACAAGCCAUAAAUACUAUUGCGGGCUUUUCGGCAUACCAUACCAUGCUCAUCUGGACAGGCUGGCAUGUAAGCAAUGAUCCCAAGGAACACAUGACCGUCCGUCUCAAAGACCAUCAAUUGCAACGCGAUGGCCAGCACCACGUUAGCCAUAUCUACCGAACAGAGUCGGAACAUCAGAUUUAUGAUGAGGUUCCUAGAGGAGACGACGAACUGUCUAGUUACGCACGAGCCCGGCAAAUUGAGCGGAUCCAACGGAGUCGGGCUCGUAGGCAAUCCACAUCCACCUCCCAUGGCCAGAGGGUGCGAGGUGCUGCUGCUUUCACGCCCUAUCCGAUACUAAGGGGACAAGGUAGAACGAGGCCGAGACGCGCAGGGUUUACAUGGCGUAAUACCGCAAAUCAAUCCCAACCUCCAGGCAACCAAUCCUAA